AGCAGGCCUUAAGUGUCUGGAUGGCGUCGCUCCGUCCCGUCAAGGGCUCCUCAGCUCUGCGGGGCCGACCGUUCCCAGGCCCCAAACCCGCAACGCCCGGACAGACCCGGGCCCGAUCCACUUCCGGCUUCUACACCUCUGCCCCCGCCUCCUCCGGCUCCCCGCCCCGUCCCCCGCGCCAGACACAGCCCGGGCGCGCCGCCGGUCCCCUGCGCAAGGCCUCACGGGACUGGUAGUUCUAGCCGAUACCGCGAUGUUUUCCGCUGUGGGGACUGGAGAGGGGUGGCUAAGGACCGACUACAACUCCCAGAGGGCAGCGCGGCCGCAGCAGCGGACCCUUUAGUUCCUAAGAGAACCCGCGGCCCUUGGGCGGAAGCAGGUUUGCGUGGUGGGAGCCGCAGUCGGCAGUGCUGUCUCUGCUCACCACUUUCUGCGCCAGGCCGCCAUGAAGGACUCGCUGGUGCUGCUUGGCCGUAUCCCGGCGCACCCGGACUCCCGCUGCUGGUUCCUGGCCUGGAACCCCGCGGGAACUCUGCUGGCCUCGUGCGGUGGCGAUCGUAGCGUCCGCAUCUGGGGCAGAGAGGGCGACAGCUGGAUCUGCAAAUCUGUCCUCUGUGAAGGCCACCAGCGCACCGUACGGAAGGUGGCCUGGUCUCCCUGUGGAAAUUACCUGGCUUCUGCCAGCUUUGAUGCCACCACUUGCAUUUGGAAGAAAAACAAGGAUGACUUUGAGUGUGUAACCACUCUAGAAGGCCAUGAAAAUGAGGUCAAGUCAGUAGCCUGGGCCCCAUCUGGCAACCUCCUUGCUACCUGCAGCCGAGAUAAGAGUGUGUGGGUCUGGGAAGGUGAGUCCCUCCAGGCACAGUUGAGAACCAGCCAUCAGAUCCCACCCGUGUCCCUUAUAAGCUCCCUUCUUUUUUCUGCCGCAGUCGAUGAAGAAGAUGAGUAUGAAUGUGUCAGUGUCCUCAACUCCCAUACACAGGAUGUCAAGCAUGUGCUUUGGCACCCAAGCCAGGAGCUGUUAGCCUCUGCCAGCUAUGACGACACAGUGAAGCUCUACCGGGAGGAAGAGGAUGACUGGGUAUGCUGUGCCACCCUUGAAGGUCAUGAAUCCACUGUGUGGAGCUUGGCCUUUGACCCCAGCGGCCAGCGCCUGGCAUCUUGCAGCGAUGACCGUACCGUGCGCAUCUGGCGCCAGUAUCUGCCAGGCAAUGAGCAAGGGGUGGCGUGCAACGGCUCUGACCCCAGCUGGAAAUGUAUCUGCACUUUGUCAGGCUUCCACUCCAGGACGAUUUAUGACGUCGCUUGGUGUCAGCUGACAGGGGCCUUGGCUACCGCCUGUGGGGAUGAUGCCAUCCGAGUAUUUGAGGAGGAUCCCGGCUCAGAUCCACAGCAGCCUACCUUCUCCCUGACAGCCCACUUGCCUCAAGCCCAUUCGCAGGAUGUCAACUGUGUGGCCUGGAACCCUAAGGAGCAGGGGCUCCUGGCCUCCUGCAGUGAUGAUGGAGAGUUGGCCUUCUGGAAGUAUCAGCCAUCUGAAGGCCCCUGAGCCACCCUGACUUUGAAGAGAAUCAUGGUUCCCCAGAAAAUGUUGUAAGACUUUCUCAAACCCCUUGGACCUGGAGGAGUAUCCUCUGCCCUCCCUCUUCUGUUCAGACUUGGGUAGAAGCGCAGAGCUGCAGAACCACUCCAUUGACACAGUCCUUGGUAAAGAGUUGCAGAACAUCAGCGCAUUGUACUUAAGUCACAGAUUUUGCUUGCUUUAGGGCACAGUGUUAUGUUGGGGGGGAGUGAAUACACCACUUCACCAUACAGCACCAUAUCUGUGUGUAGGAGGGAGCUCAGCUCUUUCUGGAAAUAAUCCAGCUGAAUCCCAAGUCCUGUUUUAUAAGGAGAUUCACAAUUGAAAGAAUUCCAUGGUGAGUCCUUUUCUGAAGUAGAUCCCGCCUUCCCCAUUGCUGGGCAAAUCCUUCUAUUUGAGACAUUCAGUCAACGUUGAAGGAAAUUUUUAAGUAUAGGUUAGAGUAAGAGAUGCUUCUGCCUUCCCUUAGCGAGCCUGACAUACCUUCUGUGCUGUGAGGACAGCUGGAGAGUACUGAGAAAUAAAUGGGGAGGGUGUGAACCCUGAAAGGGAGUUAUUGUUGGCCACAGGUCAUGCAUUCUCAGUGGCUGAAAAUUGAUUCUUGGGUGAGGGGCAAGAAAAUCUUAGAGAUGGUAACUUGUGGCUCUCUAAAGGACCAGUAUGUAAAUAUAUUGUGGUCUGUCUAUAUUACCUUUUCAUCACGGGGGUGGAGGUGUGUGCAAUCUGUGACCUAUACUACAGCUUGCAGCAAUGCCAGAUCCUUAACCUACUGAGCAAGGCCAGGGAUCAGACCUGCAUCCUCAUGGAUGUACUCCCCAGGUGGGUGGAGACUGUCUUCAAGGCUACAGCCUUAACUUCAUUUUUUACACCACAGAAAUCACAAUCUUAGAUUUUGAAGAGAAAGCUGGGGUAGUACCUAAAGCAGUGGUUCUCAAGAUGUGGUCUACCAGUCACUGGAAAUCCCUUGAGCUUUCUGGGGGACCAAGAGGUCUCUGCUUGGCACCUUGGCAGGAAGCAAGGCAGUGACACCAAAUUCUACAGUUGUGUCUCUGUGCCUUGCUCUCACAGUAAAAAUACUGCCAACAUCACUGUGAAAUGUCCUCAAGAGAGCCAAUAAAAGUAAGUGUAUGAAAUUUGGACCCUAGAGUAACAUUCUGAUGAUGGGAAGCACGCCUAAGCACUCAUGCCCCCUGCAGAGCGGUCAUCUUGAGGAAAAGCACUUGUGCAGUUGCAAGCUGAAUCAGCUGUGUUCUUCACAGCAUAUUUUCCACUUCAAGGAACUAGCAAAUUAUAGUAUUUCUAUUAGGAGACAUUUUCUGGUAAAUGAAUCAAAUGAGCCUUUCACUUCAAGGGAAACUGAUAGUUUUGCCAAUGAUAAAACGAAAGCCUUCAAGCAAAAAUCAGAAUUUUUGAAAACUUGUAUUGCCGCCAUGAGCUUGCCAUCUUCCCAACAUGUAGACUUUUCUGAGGGGAUUGGUGGUGAUAUGAACAAAUGUGAUUUGUAUGAUGAAGUGUGUUGUUUGGAAGAUUUGCAUAAUUCAGUGAAUGAACAUUUUCCAAAUGACUAAUGCACGAUGUUACAAGACUGAGAUAGACUAGGAGUUCCCUGGUGGCCUUAGCAGUUGUGGAUCCAGCAUCAUCAUGGCUAUGGUUUGGGUCACUGCUGUGGCAUGGGUUUGAUCCCUGGCCCAGGAACUUUAGCAUGCUGCAGGCACAGCUAAAAAAAUAAUUUGGAAAAAAAGGAAUAUAGAUUGGUGGGCUUUAGCGUAGGAAUAUAAAAAGCUUCUUGAUGGAGUUCCUUGAUUCCCAUAAUGACACAGCAGAAAAGAAUCUGACUAGUAACCAUGAAGUUGCAGGUUUGAUCCCUGGCCUUGCUCAGUGGGUCAGAGAUCCUGCCUUGCUGUGGCUGUGGCGUAGGCCAGUAGCUGUAACUUAAUUCGACCCCUAGCCGGGAACCUCCAUAUGCUGCAGGUGUGGCCCUAAAGAGCAAAAAAAGAAAGAAAAAAAAAAAACGCUCCUUGCUAAGGCUUCAUACUGCCUUCAAGAAACUACCACCUGUGGCGUGGUGACAUACUAUCAAAUAGCCUGUUACCUGAGAAGUCCAUUUAAAAACCUCCUUUUCCAAAAUCUUGUCUGUGACAUAAGCUUCAACUCAAAUACACAGCAGACUGGAAGCAGCUCUGAGAACCCCGACUGUCUUCUAUUAAGCCAGACGUUAAAGAGAUUUGCAAAAAUGUAAAAUGCCACACUUCUUCCUGGAUUUGUUUUGGAAGUUGUCUUUCAUGAAAAGUUAACAUGUUACUGUUAUUUUAAAAUGCAUUUAAUACUGUAAGUAAAUAUCAAUGGAUAUAACCACGAUAAUAAAAGCUAUUUGGAGGUCUUGA